UGAAACUAUUAAAUUUAGGUUGCAUUGAUUAUAAAAGAACAUUUUCAAUUGUCUUUAACAGCGCCAAAAAUUCUAAACUACCGUUAACCGUUGAAGUUCGUUGAUGUUUGGAUAGUUUUGGCGGUAUUAUCUGUUUGUUGUUGUUUCGGUAGUUCUCAAUUGGAUUUUUCAAAAUUUCAUUACUCUUAAUUGUUUGUUAACAUGGAUGAAAAUGUUACCCCCAUUAAAAAAAUAAUAGCUGACAAAAGGAAAUUACUUAAGCUAUCUAUUCCUCCUUCACCAAUGAUGACAAAGCUUGGAUUUGGUACAGGUGUAAUUGUGUAUAAGAUGGAAAGAUCUCCAGUGAAACAUACAGCUCAAUCACCAUGGGCUCUCAAGAAGGUGACAAAGAAAGAUAACCCAGAGUUGAAUUGUCGUUUGAAGAAGGAGGCAGCACUCCUUCGCAGAUUGAGCCAUCCAAAUAUAGUUGGUUAUAGAGGUUUUGUGGAUACCUCUUCUGGUUACAACUAUUUGGCAAUGGAAGAAUGUUCCACAUCACUAGGAGAUUUAAUUGAGAUACGCAGGGAUGAUGAUAUGGGUCCAUUUUGCUCCUCAAACAUUUGGAAGGUUGCUACAGACAUAAGCAAUGCCCUGAACUAUCUCCACAAUGAUGUUCAAAUACUGCAUGCAGAUUUAAAAUCAUACAAUGUAUUGGUUAAAGGAGACUUUGAGAUUUGCAAACUUUGUGACUUUGGUGUUAGCCUUGAGUUGUUGCCUGAUGGUAGUUUGGAUGACAGUAAAUUGGAGAAAGAUUUUGAGUUCCCUGGUACAUUAAGCUGGUCUGCUCCAGAGGUUCUUGGUCUUGAUCAAAUUGUUACAAGCAAAGUUGACAUUUAUGCUUUUGGUUUGAUACUUUGGGAGGCAAUGUCUUUGGAAGUGCCAGUGCUGGAUGAGAGCAAUGAUGUAAGUUCAUUUGGAGAAUUGGAUAGUAGUCAAGAAAGUUCAAUUUUGGAUACAAGUUAUAUAGUUAGGCAGAGACCAAACUUACCUGACUAUGAAUUUGGAAAGGACUACAAUGUCAUCAUUGAAAUGUUCUAUUUCUGUACUGAAGUUGACUUCCAGAAGAGGCCAAACGCAACGCAACUAUGUGCAAUUAUAAAAGACUCGGAAAGGGGAAAUUAAAUUCAAUUAAUAAUUAUGAUCUGUUAAGUAUUUUUAAAACCAUAUUUUUAUAUAUUAUAUUAGAAACUUAUAUGUUAAGUUUUAUGACUUCGAAAUCUCUUCUUGUAGCUGACUCUUCAGAUAAAACGCAAUUACUGAUUGUUUUUUAAGAACAUUUCUGAUUUUCAAGCUGAAGUAUUUCUGAAAAAUCCUGUGCUAUAAUCAAAGAGAAAUAUUAGAUUUAUUUAUAUAUAAAUAUUGUUUUUUUUGUAGUUGAUUCAUAA